CAGCCAGAUCCAGCCGCCCCACACCCCCCAUUCCCCUCCCCAAGCCCGCACCCAGACGAAAUCCCUCGCUAGGGUUUUACUCCCGCGCCGCCGUCCCGAAAUCCCCCCCGGAAGGCGACCAUGUCCGGCGGUCCCGCGGCGGUCUCGUUCCUCACCAACAUCGCCAAGGCGGCGGCUGGCCUCGGCGCCGCGGCCUCCCUCCUCUCGGCGUCGCUCUACACCGUGGACGGCGGCGAGCGCGCCGUCGUCUUCGACCGGUUCCGCGGAGUGCUGCCGGAUACCGUCGGCGAGGGCACCCACUUCAUCGUGCCGUGGCUCCAGAAGCCCUACAUCUUCGACAUCCGCACGCGCCCGCACAACUUCUCCUCCAACUCCGGCACCAAGGACCUGCAGAUGGUAAACCUCACCCUCCGCCUCCUCUCCCGCCCCGACGUCGUCAACCUGCCGACCAUCUUCACCUCCCUCGGCCUCGAGUACGACGACAAGGUGCUCCCCUCCAUCGGGAACGAGGUGCUCAAGGCCGUCGUCGCCCAGUUCAACGCCGACCAGCUCCUCACCGACCGCCCCCAUGUGUCGGCGCUCGUCCGCGACUCCCUCAUCAAAAGGGCCCGCGAGUUCAACAUCAUACUCGACGACGUCGCCAUCACCCACCUCUCCUACGGCGCCGACUUCUCCCAGGCCGUCGAGAAGAAGCAGGUCGCGCAGCAGGAGGCUGAGCGCUCCAAGUUCCUGGUCGCCAAGGCCGAGCAGGAGAGGCGCGCUGCCAUCGUGCGUGCUGAGGGAGAAAGUGAGUCUGCACGGCUCAUUUCUGAGGCCACCGCCAUCGCUGGGACAGGGCUGAUCGAGCUCAGGAGGAUCGAGGCUGCCAAGGAGAUAGCCGCGGAGCUGGCCCGCUCACCCAACGUUGCCUACAUCCCCUCUGGUGACAACGGCAAGAUGCUGCUCGGCCUCAACGCUGCUGGAUUCGGCGGCCGGUGAUUUACCACUCCUGUUUUACUUGCCCAAACAUCAUCUUGCGUCAUGACGGACUAAAAUAUGGUUUGGAGAGACAAUGAUAUCUGUUGCUGUAGGAUCUUAUUAAGUUUGAAUGUCUUGGGACAAAAUCUGGUAGUCUUUUGAUCCAAAUAAGGUCUGGAUCUGGAUAUCUUGCUUAUGAUUUGUCAGAUUAAGCUUUCUGGUGGUGUUGAA